AUGGAUUUUUUUAAUAACAAUUCAGCAACAUUCUCACGGUUUGAACUAACAGUUUGUACCAAAGGUUGGUUACUGAGAGACAGGAAGAAAACGGAAGGACUAAGAUUACAAUUGAAAGUACUUCGUAUUAGGAGAAUGAUUAAAAAACGGGAAAUAGCAAUAAUUGAGGACGGAGCAAAAAAUGGUAUCAAAAAAAGAAUUUUCAUUUUGUGGAAGACAAUGAAUAUCAGUAACAAUCCGGUGAAGGGUUUCCUUUUAGAUAUUACCGGUGUUUUAUACAAUAGCGAUCCAAACACGAUUGGACGUGUUAUACAGGGAUCAGUGGAAGCAGUUAAUAG